GUCUUAUUCAGUUUGAAAGUCAUUAUGUUUUUAUAACAUCAGGUAUCUCUUUGCCGCUAGAAUUGUAUAAUAUUUAUAUUUUAGUGAUUUUUUUAAAAUUGCACAGCAAAUUUACUGUAAUUAAAAGCAUUUUUAUUCUUUACAGCAAAUAUGGGAUCAGAGGAACAGGAAUUGCUUCAAAGUAAGGGCUAAAUGCUUUGUCAAUAAAAAUCUGGUUCUAAAGACAGAGCCCAAUAUGGACACAACGUUUGAAAUAUUAUCUGUUGUCCCAAAAGAGCGUUCUCUACAUACAGAAAGCAUUGACACUGUAAUGAUGCAACCUGUUUCAAGUGAACCUAAGGCGUGUUUGCCCAAAACACUGAAUCCUUUCAAAUGUGAUAUUUGUGGUAAACAAUUUAGACUGGUAAGUCGUCUGAAACUGCAUGUCAAGAUUCACUCAAAUACUGGAACAGACAGGUUGUUGUCAAGUGGAGAAAGUGCAACAAGGAGACAUAAAAGCAGACGAAAUAUGGAAUCAGGAUUCAAGUUCAAAACCCAAAAGGAUAUGAAAAGCAGGACUAGUAACUCAAAUAAUCAUAAAACCCAAUGCCAAUCCAAGACUAAUGUGAAGUUGAGAAAUUAUAAGUUAAAGACCCACAAAGAUAUGAAAAGCAGAGUUAUUAAUAAGGCAGAAAACAAUAUCCAGUCCAGACCCAAUACAAAGUUGAAAAAUUAUAAAUUAAAAACUGACAAUGGCACAAAAAGCAAGGUUAAUAAGGCAGACAAUAAUAAAACUCAAUCCAAACAGAAUGUAGCUCUGACAUUAAAUUUGAAGUGCAAAUUUUGUGAUAAACCAUUUGCCACACCUGCACACCUGUCUCGACACACCCGUGUUCAUACUGGUAUCAGACCUUUCACAUGUGAAAAAUGCAAUAAAACAUUUAAAGAUGCUUCCGUGUUAACACGCCAUCUUUGGAUACAUUCUGAUGACAGACCGUACAGCUGUAAAAUAUGUAAGAAAUCAUUCAUUCAGAGUAAGGAUUUGAAAUAUCAUUUAAGAAGCCACAGUGGUGACCGACCUUACCAAUGUGAAACAUGCAACAAAUGUUUCUCAUCAGCAUCAUACCUUACUGUUCAUAAAAGAAUACACACUGGUGUAAAGCCAUAUGUAUGCCCAGUUUGUAAUGCAGGAUUCCAAGCAUCUGGUACCUUGGCUCGGCAUCAAAGAUCUCAUUCAGCAGAAAAACAGCACAAAUGUAGUGAAUGCCCUAAAGCAUUUACUCGAUCAACAAAUUUGAAACUGCACAUUCAAGCCCACCAUGAUGAUAUAUGAUUUUUUUGUUUAUAUUGCAGUACCAAAAUAUCUUAGCUAUUUGACAUUUAAUAUCACUGGAAUUAAGUGGACCUAUUUGGGCACAUCGCAAGACAUAUUGCUUUUACUCAUUUUACUCAUCAAAGUACCUGACUGGAAAGUUUGGAUAUUGCACACCCGAGAUUUAAAAAAUUUAAUAGCAAAUAUAUAGAAAGUAUCAAAAUUGCAUGCCCAAUAUCUCGGUUGCAUGAUACAAACUUUCCACACUGGUCAAGGGGGCGGGGGUCUUGUUCUAAUAGGUUAGGUGAAUGAGUAGUGCCAAAGUGAUAUCCUCAAAGAGCAGGUUGAUACCAAUAAAUAUAAAAUGUGUUCAUAUGCUUAGAAACUAUCUGAUUUUAUGUAUUUAUGUGACCUAAGCUUGGAAAUGGCCAAUUCAUUUUUGCUUGAUAACAGAUCCAGCAAAGGAUUGUUUAUGGUUAUCUUUUUCAGUAUUGUCAAUUGAAUUUGCUGCACCUAACAAAAACAGUAACACUUGACUUGCAUGAACUUGUGCAUACAAUAACCAAUGGCCAUAUUGAUAUCAUAUUUACAAGACUAGUACUCAGUGCUCCUACUCUCUGAAUUAUAUAAUUUUAUUACAGAAAUACUAGUCAAAUUAUUAUUAAUUAGUAUUAUUUAAUUACUAUAUAUGAUUAUUGUAUUGUAUAUCACUAAGUUUAUUUUUCAUUAUAAAAACAACUGUUGAAAGCUUGUGGUAUUUCUUCUAUCAUGUCUGAUGUAGUCAUAUGACGGUCCUUUUUUUCAAACGCAAGAUAUGAACAUCGUCUUGUGAGACAGCAAGCUGCAAAUGAUGCUAAUAAUGUUGCCUUCGGUGGUACAGCACUGAAAGAAAAAGAAGUCAUGAUCAAUGAGAAAUUAACAUUGUGUCAUAGUGGAUACUAGAGGUGUGCAUCGGAUCGGACGUUUAUAAUCCGACAAUUGCCUAAUGUUUAAAAUCCGAUCCGAAAUUGUCUAAUCCGAAUCUGAUCCGAGCUUUGAUAAAUAAUUCCAAUCCGAUCCGAUCCGAAGAAUUCUUUAAUAAAGUAAUGCAUGAGUCAAUUCCAGGAGUAACCAUCCCCCCCACCCCGGGGACGAUUUUACAGUCGAUUUCACGAAACUUUGACCACAAAUGUUCCGAACUUCGUUGCGAAGUUCGGAAGCUCAUAUUGGAAUUCACAAGCCAAUUUGUAAACAAUUAGUCCCUGAUUGGUCCGUGAAGUAAAAGAAGCCAAUCAAAUGCGUAGUUUACGAACUGGUUUGUGAAUCUCAUUAUGAACUUUUGAACUUCGCAACAAUCUUGUGAACUUC